AUGAGGAUAAAUAAUCACAACUUCAUAUGUAGAUAACAAAGAUAUACCUGUAAAUCACCUGAUCACAGCAUACAUUCGGCUGCCAUUACUGAAAACAAGGGUAACAUUUACAAGCGAUGGACCCCCGUACCAGUGCCCAGGACGUGAUGCGAUGUGACCUGUGUGAGACCGCUGUGGUACAGAUGCACUGUGAUACAUGUCUUGUCAACUUGUGUAAGGCCUGUAUAGGAGAACACAUGAUAUCUGAUCAAACCAAGAAACAUGAAAUUGUCACAUUUCAGUCUAGGAAAUCUACCCUCCUUUACCCUCGAUGUAAAGUUCAUGCAGAUAACAGUUGUGAGUUUCAUUGUAAGGAAUGCGAUAUUCCGAUUUGCUCCGCUUGUAUUGUCUCAAAAAAACACAAAGAUCAUGACGUCCAGUUACUAAAAGACAUCCUUGCCAAAAAGAAGGCAGCUAUCCAGAUAGAAAUUAAUGAAUUGGAUGAAUCCAUCUAUCCCACCUACCAGGACAUUGCCUCUGAUGUACAAAACACAAUGAGUCAGUUAGAAAAGGAAUAUGGAGAUCUCUCAAUAGCCAUAACAAAACAUGGAGAGGACUGGCACAGAGAAAUUGACAAACUUGUCAAGAAACUUAAAGCUGAAGUUGAUGAGAUGAAAAACAAAGACUAUGAAAUUCUUAAGGCACAUUUAUCAAAUGUACAAACAUGCACCUCUAAGAUAAAUGAAGAUAUUAAUUCUCUGCACGAAAUAUUAGAUUCUACAGACAUAUCUAAAGUGUUAAAAUUCCCAUUAGACAGUAAGAGAUAUAGAAUGCUUCCGUCUAAAUUAAACAUAACAAUGGCAAAAUUUUCACCAUUCUCUGUACAGGAAAGGAGCUCAGAAGCGUUUGGAAAAAUAAUUUCACCAACGAUAUCAUCCGAUAACCAUGGUUACAGCAUAAGAGCAGUACAGGGAUCGUUAUUAGGUGAUGAAAACUCUACUUUACAAAAUAAGAGAACAGAAGCUGGAUCCUCCCCUCCAGUCAAACAGCUGCUUGAUGAACCAGAGACUGUCACCAUCAUAAACACUGGGUAUGGAUACCUUUACAAUGUGGCCUGUCUUAGUGAUGAAGAAAUCUGGACAAGUGGACUUGACAGCACCAUGAACCUCUACAGCAUCAAUCAGGGAUCACUACUCAAGUCAAUUACAAUCAAGUCAGGGAACAAACCAUCGGGCAUAGCAGUGACAAAAAGUGGAGAUCUAGUUUAUACUGAUUACGAUGAUAGAGCUGUGAAUAUUGUGAAGAAUGAGAAGAUAGAGGAGGUGAUCAGACUACAGAACUGGAGACCUUGGGGUGUCUGUAGUACCUCCUCUGGUGACCUCCUGGUUAUCAUGUACAGUGAUGAUUACAAACAAACAAAAGUUGUCCGUUACUCUGGCUCCACAGAGAAACAAACCAUUCAGUUUGAUGAUAAAGGUAAACCUCUCUAUUUAUCUGGUGGUGAUUAUUACAGAUACAUAACUGAGAACAGGAACCUGGAUAUCUGUGUGUCUGACGGGGGAGCUAGAGUAGUAGUGGUGGUCAAUCAGGCCGGGAAACUGAGAUUCAGGUACACUGGACAUACUCCUGCUCCAAAGAACAAAUCAUUCAGUCCACGAGGAAUCACCACAGAUAGUCAGAGUCACACCCUUACAGCUGAUGUUAACAAUGAGUGUGUCCACAUCAUAGACCAGGAUGGACAGUUCCUCCGUUACAUAGACUGUGGACUGAGUGAACCCAAGGGACUGUGUACAGAUACAAAUGACAAUCUGUUGGUUGCUCAGUAUAGAAAUAAACAAGUGAGGAAAAUUAAAUAUCAAAAUUAAUCUCAAUUGAAGCUGACUACAAAUAUGAAGGAUACAUUUGAGUAAACAAAUAAAUAUUUCUGUGUAUUCUUGCACUUUCAAUUGGUCAAUUAAAAUUAUUUUAUAGUUCACAUAUAAUAUGAACAAGAGUGAAUACAAAAACAGACACCUGAUUAAGGAAUCUUUUUCUUUGGAAUUUGAGACUGGCAAUUAAAUUAGAAAUGUUCAAUUUGUGAAGAGAAAAGAAAAAUAUUUUUCAAAAUAUCAUAAAGAU